AUGAAGUUCGCAACUCUCCUUCUCAGCGCCAGCCUCGUCGCCUCCACAAUAGCAUGCCCAGGCCAGGAAAAGGCUAUGGCGGAUCUUCAGAGGAAACUCAAGGCUCGACAAGAUGUGCCUGGAGCCAACGAUGUGCCUGGAGCUGUUGAUGUGCCUGGAGCCGGGGACUCAGAUGAAAUGAUUGGAGACCUUGCUACCGUCGGAGCUGUCACUCCAGUCGGACAGACCGUCCAGAAUAUUCUGCUUGGCACCGUCGACCCUUACACGGAUGAGCCAUGGGUAGGCUCCCUUCCACCCAAAGGCUCUGCACUUUGCAAAAAGGAUACUUGCUGUAUUUGGAAAUGGAUCGCACAAGAUAUGGAGGCCAAGUUCAAGGGCACUGCAGGUCGUUGCAAUCGUUUCGCCCGGGCAGCCGUUCGUCUCGGUUUCCAUGAUGCAGGUACCUGGUCCAAAACGACAGGCUUCGGCGGCGCAGACGGAAGUAUAAUCCUCGCCAACGAAGGUGGCCGUCCAGAGAACAACGGCCUACAAGAUAUCUCCAGAGUCACACUAGCCUGGUAUAACAGCUACAAGAAGUACGGAGUAGGCAUGGCAGACCUAAUCCAGAUGGGCGCCAACGUCGCAACAGUCGUCUGCCCACUCGGCCCACGAGUCCGCACCUUCGUCGGCCGUCCAGACAGCAACGUCCCCAAUGCGGACAACCUCCUCCCCAGCGUCUUCGCCGACGCCGACUCCCUGAUCGAGCUCUUCGAGAACAAGACCAUCAAGGCCCAUGGACUGGCUGCCCUCGUCGGCGCACACACUACCAGCCAGCAACACUUCGUCGACCCAAAGCGCAACUUCGACCCACAGGAUAGCACCCCCGGUGUCUGGGACGUCAAGUUCUACAGCGAGACAACCGGCACUGCUCCCAAGCGAGUCUUCAAAUUCCCCAGCGACGUCAAGCUCGCUGCCCACCCCAAAAUUUCCGAUGAGUGGACCAAGUUUGCUACAGAUCAGUCGCAUUGGGACGAGGACUACGCCAAGGAAUACGUCCGCCUGAGUCUCCUCGGCGUCAACAACAUCAACCAGCUCACCGAGUGCACGCGUGUCCUCCCCGCUGCCAAGAAGACCUUCACCCAGCCUGACUUGACCAUCUUCAAGCAGUGGUUGGAGGGCAAGUUCCCCGGACUCGGACAGCAGAUCGAGGACGGUAGUCUCCUUACCAGUGCGCUGUUGAAAUUGCUCGGCUUGUUGAGUGGGAGGAUGUAUGGUGCUGGGGACGUGGUUGCUUAG